CCGCGAUGCUUCGCAGUCUCGUUUGCGUCGCGGUCUCUGUCACUCUUGGAAUCGCUCGGCUUCUUUUCCUGAUACCGGUUUUCUGGGUGGAGGCGGCCCUGCCUCCAGGCGCAGAGGACGAGGUCGUCCUGAUCGAGCACCUGCCGGGCCGGCGAGUUCACCUGCAGGACUUCUUCUGGACGGGCGCAGAGGACGCGCCACCAUGGCUGGACCCGGACCAAACAUUGACGCUCUACGAGACCAGGACGAUUCACCACACGGCGACGAUUUAUCUACCAGAGGGAGAGAAAGAAGAGCCUGGGAAGAGCACCGAGGAACCCCGUGUUCCAGGAUGCGCGUCCUGCAUCGAGCCCACUCCUACUCUGGAGGAAGUCGACCAAGACAUUGGCGUCCUGAUCGGAGACGACCCUGGACCUAGGUAUUGGCUCUUGACCGUGCUUAGAGCUGGGGAAACGGUACCACCAAAAGUCGAGCUUCGCUUGGCUCGUUUAUACCGAGCUGCGUUUUCGAGGCAACAGCAACGACACCUCGGACUUUUGCCGAUGGACCCGAGAAGCCGAAGAGCGGCUCGCCGAGGAACGGGAGGGAAACCGACCUGGAAGGACCUCGAGGAGGCAUGAAACUUUACCACGCCUAAACGAUCCACCUCGAGGACCUCGACGAGGCGCUCGCGACCCGGAAGACUCGCAAAGGAUCAACGGACCGACGAGACGGAAACAACGCUUAUACCUGAAGAGGAUGUCGAUAAUGGAUACGAUUCCGUCGAUCGAAACAUCCGAUCAUCGAGACUGGUAGCUCGAAGUCCUGCGGAUGAAGGGGAACCGGUGGAGAACGUCACGGAGGUUCCAGCGACCAGGAACUCCACGGAACCUAAAUUUAAUUCCCAGUCGAGCGUGCGAAGGAGAGGUGCGGACCCCCUGUCCCCAUUUUUCUCCCUUUCGAAGGAUUUCGCCAAUCCCUCGACGGGUUUGUCCGCGUCCUCGAACGCGAGCAGGUCCAAGCUCAGGAGUCUGGACGUCGGCGCGGUGCAAGUCAGGAUGCAAAACACCAGCGUGACCGAGGGCGGUGCCACCAGGCUCGUUUAUUCCGUCCAUCUCGGUGGGAAGCCGGUUCCCGCGGCCACCGCGGCCAAGGACAUGGCCCUGCUAUCCGAGCAGGAAGUCGCGCUCGAGCUCGGGGCUCCAGUCAUCGUCCAAAGUGAACCCUAUCUGAAGGAAACACAUCCCCUGGCUCUCUCGAGGAAAAGAGACGCUUGGCUGUUUGUGGGUGCAGCAGGAGCCGCCCUGAUCCUCCUAGCAUUCGUUUUGGCGGGUCUCAUCCAUCUCGCCAAAAGGAAACGGGCCCAGAGCGCGGUUUCCGCUCCUCCGCCCCAGAGCAUCCUGAAGAAGGACCCAGGAUACGCGUCCACGAGCCCGGGUCUCGACAACGUGGGAUACACCUCGGAGACCGAAACGGAGCGUACCAGCCGGAGGCAUACUCCCGGAAGUCAGUCCAGGACGCCGUUGUCUCCGAUCACUCCCGAUAGCGUGAUCGACGAGCUGCAGGACCUCUCCAGCGAGGACGAAGAGGAACCCCGCAGAGAAAGGACCUCGGCUUCAUGGAACGCUCAGGAAUAUUACGCCCGGAUAAGGAAGCCCAGAAUCGAGCAUCAGAGAGUGAGCAGAGCGAGUAUGGGCGAUCGUCCAAGAACACCCGAUUCCGUGGACACGAUGGGCAGAGUCGGGAGGACGGAUACGAUAAGAGGUCGACUGGAAAAUGUAGAAAACCCGGAAAAUGGCCGUGUGCAAGAAGAGGACCUGGUCUCGCCCCGUUCUUACCUCUCGAUGCCAUCUUGCAAGCAGUUUCCCACCAUGCGAACCGUGGAACCAUUGUCCAGGGUUUUAGAGCCUGUGGUGAUCAGACACCUUGACAUGGAAAUGGAUUCCCCGGAUGUGCCGCGCAGGACCACCGAUCCUGGGAAGAGGGACGAGAGAUUCUUAACGAAGACACCCAGCGCAACGAGAGACCCUGGAGUACUUGGGCCCAUCGUCUGGGACCUCAGAAGACAACGAGCGCUCGAUGAUACGACUUCGGAGACGGACGUCGACCCUCCGAAUAUCCGGGGCCCUGUUGGACGUGCCAGAAGAAGGCUCCACGAGCUACUGGAGGACUCUUUCAGUCUGUUUGGAAGCCGAGAUGCAAAAUCCAGAGACGUGGCUCCUUCUCGUCCACCCUCUUCGACGUGUUCCCCGGAACGUAACACGGUCCUACCCGAGGCCAGAGGAAGAUCGGCAAAUGUCAGCCCGGUGGCCACUCCCACGUCCGAGACGAAAACCCGGCCAAGGACGUCAUUGCCGCGAAGUGGAAUCCAGGAAACGAUUCCGGAAACCGGAAACUCCGGUCCACAUCCGCGCGGGGCCUGGGGCUCGCGGCCCCUGAGUGCCGGGCCCUUCCACCGGCCCAAUCUCCCGGAAGUCGACACUCAUCGCAUCCUGGUGGACCCCCAGCUGCCACCGGAAGACCCCGCGGUACCGUUGAUCGCCGCCAUAAAAAAGGAACUACAGAAAUUCUCACCCGAAAAGUCGUAAUUCCGAUUACAAGGACGACGCAUUAAAAUAUCCUAAAUGUAAUAUUAAAUUGCUAGGUGAGCGAUGAAAACAGUUUCAAGAUUACGUUUCAAUGAAGCCUAGCUUCCUUCUGCGCGUGCGCUACCAAUUUUUCAUAAGUCGGAAGCUGGUUGAGUUAAUUCUACUAGAUGUACUAUAAUAAUACGUUAUGGGCAAUGCCCGAACGAUAUUAAAAAGAAAUAGGGCACCUCGCCCAUAAUGUGUACAAAUCAAACGGCAAAUAUCUGUUUUCACGCUUGGCUAGCAAUAUAUGAGUAUUAUAUAUACGUGAUAUUAAUUACAAUCGAUCCAUUGAUUAAUCUUUGAUGAUAAGGAUCGCAAAUGCGAGGCUCGGGCGCAAUUCCGCAGAGUAUUCUAGGUACUAGCAAUACACAUUGUGCCACUGUAUUUAAGAUUAAGUACGAUAGUUCCAUUGAUAGCUGAUUAGAGGAAUCAUGCACUGUAAAUAUCUCCUGAUUGCCGAAGAACGUCUUCUGGCCUACGUGAUCGUGAAAGUUAAAUUCAAAUGUGCGCGAUUGGUGUACGAGGCAGUCGAGUCCGUCCUUGAGUGCGACUGAAAUUUAUUGUAUUAACGGCGUUCACCACCAAGUGGGGACGAUGACUUCCACCGCUAGAUGGCACUAGCAUCGAAUUCGA